GAUUAUCCCAUGUUAGGGUUUUAGCCCUCUCAUAAACACACUCUCCACUUCUCUUCUUCACUCAUUUCGAAACCAUCAACAAAAUGGUCUCUCCAUUUAACACAAAAACCCCAUAAAUUUAAUAACCUUUAGGGUUUCCAAAUGGAUGAUUUAACAGGUGAUGAUUUCGGUGAUUUAUACUUAGAUGUUGUGAUUCAAGCGAGUUCAGUUAUCAAUUCAUUACCAAACUCCAGUAAUUUAUAUACAGAAUCAGAAUCACAUCAAGGAAAUGAAGGCAGUGAUCAUAACAAAGUUAAUCAAAGCGAAAAAGAAGAGAACCUGGUGUCGGAGUCCAAGGAAUUAAACAAAGAGAAGUUGGGGGUUUUGGAGGAGGUUGGUGAUGGGAGUGAUAGUGAAGAUGAUCUGAAUAUUGUUUUGAAUGAUGAGGAUUGUAAAGGGUUUGAAGUUGGCAGAGCAAGGAACGGUAAUGGUAAUGGCGGUGGCGGUUUCGAGGAGGAAGAAGGGGAGGGUGGUGGUUUUGUUGGUGCUAAAAAUGGAGUAGAAUGUAGUGCUAGUGGGAAUGGAGUAAAGGGUAUUCAUCACUUGCCGCAUUUGCAUUAUAAGAAUGUAAGACCUUAUGGAUCAUCAUUUCCGAGCAAUAAAAAAGGCAAUGAAUCUGCUGGGGUGGCAUCUCGUUCUUCUAGCUCUGCUAGAGGUAAUUGGGAAGAUAACAGGUGCAAGCAACACAAGGUAAAUUCAGGCCGGGUUGCUAAUUUUCAUGCUACAACCAAUUCAGUACUAUCUCAUGGUGGAUAUGGUUACUCACUUCCAUGGUAUAGGAGUAUACUAGAUGUAAAUAUUGACGCAUUUGAAGAAAAGCAAUGGAGGUAUCCUGGAGUUGAUAUAUCCAAUUUCUUCAAUUUUGGUUUCAAUGAGGAUAGCUGGAAACAGUACUGCAUGUCAUUGGAGCAAUAUGGGCAACAGUCUUACAUGCAUGGUGCAAUGUCAAUUCUUCAUUCUUCAAAAUCUACCCAGGCUUAUGAAUUCAGACCUGAGCAGAAUAGUAUAGCUAUAGCUGACCAUAUUAGUCAAGUUGAUUCUUCAUCAGAAUAUGCUGAUAGGGGAGGGAAGCAGCUGGGAUUGCGAAAAGGCAGAGCAAUUCAGGUUGAAGACAGCACUGGUGAACGUCAACCAACCAUGGAUCUAAGGCGUCCACGUGUUUGGGAUUCUGAUGUUGUUAUAAAGAUCAAUGUGCAGGACUCCAAUGACAAUUCCUCUCAGUCCAGCAUGGAGCAAUCAAGCCAUAUAGAUAGCAAUGAACCCGGAGCAUCAAAAAGAAGGGAUUUAAAUGUUGAUGAUAAAAGAGAUGCCUGCUCUUCUGGUAGUGCCAGUAGAGAUGAACCCUCUGCGGAGUCUCUGGAAGGAAAUCUCAGGUGUUUCCAGUCAAUGUCGGUGUCCAAUAAAAUGUCUCCGAAUACUGAUAAUUAUGAAGCCAACCAGAUUUCUAAUGCGGAUGGGUAUCACCAUCAAAAGGAAAAUGCCCAUUCUUCAGAAGGCAUUGCUGAAAAAAUGGAAACUGUAGACGAGGAAGAGGAAGAAAUUGACAGGAAGGAGUGCAAGUCAGAUCAAUUUCUGAGCGAGCCAGAACUAUCACUGAGUGAUUACAGUUAUUUUAGCCCAAGUCUAUCCUACUCUGACAGUGAUUCUGAAGCAUCCAGAGACAAUAUCUGUCAUACUCUCAAAGAUUCUCCUGGUCCCUUAAGAAAGCCAUCUUUGGGCACCAAGUUACAGGAAUCUGUUACGUCUAACCAUAAGAGCCCUAAAAGAAAUGGUGUUAUAAGAACAUCAGGUAUCCAAAAUUGUUCAAGUCAUAAAAGACCUGUUUGGGAGGAAAGGAAGGAUCACAAUCGGAGACUCCAUAGAGUUCCUGAAUGGAGGAUCCUUCCUAAUAAUGAUAGCUAUACCUCUCCCACACUUAGGGAUCGCUCAUCCCUUGAUUGUAGCAGACAGAUUGAAAAUCUGCAUGAUUUUGAUUAUCGAAAUGGAGAAGAUUUCUCUUAUAGUCAGCAGAAAGACUCUUCUUGUGGUUACAAUGGUAAAAGGUGCAGGGAUGACCAUGCUCAGGCUGUUUACAAAAAACAGUGUCAUAGAAAAUAUAAUCACAGCUUUAAAGAUGAGAUGAUUCCACAGAACAGAAGGGAUUGGAAUGAGAAGGAAUUUUUCCAUGAACGAAGCUGUAGAAUAGAUGAUCAAGAUACGUGCAAAGAUUUGUAUGGUUCUGGAAGAGGACUCUUUCCGGAGGACGUGAUUCCUCCCACUUAUUGGAGGACAAGACAUUUGGUUUCCAAGUUCAACAAUCACAAAGAGAGAGAAAUUCUAUGGAAAAGGAAGAGUGGAAACAUCCAAUUUCAGAAGAGCACUCACAGUAUGCGCUUGCUUGGUCAUGAAAAUGAAGAUGACUUAAUGCAAGAAAAUUGUGGAAGAUCUAUUCCACUGGCCAACCAGAAAAGGUUUUCUUUGAAUGAAAAAUGUGAAAGGCGCAACUUUAUUGGGAGAGAAGGGAAUCCUUCCAGUAGAAGGGUUAAAUAUGGCUGUGAUCCCCGUAUGGAUUUGAAUAGUUCAUGGAACAUGGAAACUGAAGAAGAUUAUUGUGAUCCACUUCAUCAACAUUUUUUCUCCAAGUAUCAGAGGGAAACUUAUGAAUCCAAUGAUGGAAGGUGGCAGGAGAAGUUGCCGUCAAGAAGUGUUAUGUUCAACUCCAGAUUAACUGAAAGAUAUAGGAGACCAAAGAGACGAAUAUGCAUCAGGGAAGGCCAGGAUCGUGGUUGGGAUGGUAGUUUUAACGAUACCUUUGAUGCUGAAGAUGGUAUCAUUUAUCCUGACGAUCAGGUUCAUUUGGAGAGGAGAAAAUAUAGCAGGAGAUCUAGAGUACUUAAGUGGAAACAGGAUGAAUCUAUUUUAAGGCAUCAUGUUGGCGAUUUUUAUGUUGAAAGGAAACCAUGUUUCUAUGGAGUAACUUCAACACAUGAAAAAAUUCAUGCUAAACAUAGAUCUGCCACUGGUGGGGUGGUGGUUAAUGGUAUGGAUUUUAGCCGGCAUAGCUACAAAAUGAUCAGAGAAGGAAGUAAUGCUAGGUGUGUCAAUAGAAAUCCUGGUAGGAUGUAUAGAAGGGGGCAUGAGAAGAUGGUCAGGAGGUGCUGUGAUCCAGUUGACUUGAAUGUUGGAGAAGUAAAGAAAAGUAUGUUUAAAAGGAUGGAUCUGAAGUUUGCCAAGGAGCCAAUGUGUUCGAAGGAUUUCAAUGAAUCCCAGACAGGAAUCCAAACUGAUGUUCUUGAAACCGGAGGCGAUGAUAAAGAGAAAUGGAUCGGUAAAUCUCAAGUUACUGAGCACAAUGAAAAAUUGAACAUUGAAGACGGCCAGAUAAUGGCAGAAGAAUCAAGCAUGGAAAGCAAGUUGGCAAAAAAAUGUGCUUUUAAAAGUGUGGUUCCAACUUGCAAUGCGAAGAAUAGAAAUUUUCUCUGUGAAAAUGCUUCCAGUAGAAACAAGAAUGAUGGGGCAGUUGACAGUAAACGGAUACUGGACACGAUAGCAAAGAUGGAAAAACGUAGGGAGCGCUUUAAGGAUCCAAUUGCACAGAAAAAGGAACUGGACAAGACUUCCGAACCCCAAGUCGAAGUCAUAAUCGAUACAGUUCCAGCUAACCAAGAUAGGCCAGCCAGAAAAAGACGAUGGGGUGGAACUUAGGUUUUUGCGUUCGCAGGUACAUUGCAUUGAUCCUUUCUUAAUCAUCCAUUCUGGGGCUCCAGGUUUACCUCAGACUGUCUAUUGAUGGAUAGAAGCAGGCAAGUUAUCAUGGAAAUUACUACUCGAUGACUGACAAAUUAUGUGGAGGCCCGGUGGAAAUAUUUCAUUUUUCUUGAUAUAAUAAAUGCCAUGCAUUAUUUAAUUGUGCUGAUACACAUCUAUGAUGCUCAUCAUAGUGUUAAUUUGAUAUUUAAUUGAUGGCUACGACAAGACUCGGUUGUAUGGUAUUCAGAGCUUGAUCAUUAUUUUCUUUCAUGUUAAUAUUUAUUGAUUAGGAUAAACUUGAUGAUUAAUGCAUAGUAACAAGCGUCGAUGCUGAAUCUUCUAGCUGUAGAA